CAAUUAACACAUUCUUUCUAAACACUUGAACAUUUUUCUACCCUCACCUCAAACGGUCAAACCCCACUAGAGAUUGUAUCUUUCUAGACAAACACAUUUUGCUAUACCAUUCAAAGAUUGUUUAUAUCAUUGUUAGCUAUGAAGAGACAGAGAGACAAUGAAGGAACAGAGAGUUUCGAUUUAACAAACUGUCUUAUGUUAAUGCUGUCUUAUCCAAAACAGAAAAGAACCAUUAAUGAGAGUGUUGAAUUUGAGUGCAAAACCUGCAACCGCAAGUUCUCAUCAUUUCAAGCUCUGGGUGGCCACAGGGCUAGCCACAACCACAAGAGAGUGAAGCUGGAAGAACAGGCCAAGACUCCGAGUUUGUGGGACAACAACAAACCCAGAAUGCACGUGUGCUCUGUUUGUGGGUUGGGGUUCUCUCUGGGACAGGCUCUUGGAGGCCACAUGAGAAAACACAGAAACAAUGAAGGGUUUUCUUCUUCUUCUUCUUCUUCUUAUUCAAUCAAGGAAGAAGUUGCAAAAUUUCCAGUUUUGAAAAGAUUGAAUAGUAGUAAGAGGGUCUUGUGCUUGGACUUGGAUUUGAACUUCCCCCCUAUGGAGAAUGACUUCAUGUUUGGGAUGAAAUCACCAAGCCCUGUUCCACUUUCUCUGUUCUGAUGAUCAGCCUCACAUUUUUUUCUUUACCCUUUGAUCUGGACAUGUAUUCUUUCAAUUCUUUUGUGUAAGAAACUAAAAAUUCAUUCAUUUUUUUUCACUUAUAUACAGAUUAUUGAUUCUUGUUAAA